AUGGAUGCGAAGCACUCCUCCACUCUGCCGCCAGACGAGCCCCUGUUACCCAGCCACAACAACAGCCAAGACACCGACAAACGAUGUCCGAGCGGGAAACUCAGGAACCCCAGCAAUCGGGCUUGCCUCCUGCUUCUCAUCGCCAUCCCAUCCUUGAUCUGGUUCAGAGCCAGCAAUCCCUCAAACUCUAAUCUGCCAAACUCAUCCACCUUCAACCCUACCCACGAACGCAACCCUUCUUAUCUGGUCUCUGGAAAGAAUGGCGUGGUGUCAAGUGAGGAGGCUCGAUGUUCUAGCAUUGGGAUUAACGUGUUGAAGGACAAUGGUACUGCAACCGACGCAGCCAUAGCUACCGCACUAUGCGUUGGUGUCGUUAAUUCCUUCUCAUCAGGUAUUGGCGGGGGUGGAUUUAUGAUCAUCAAACCACCGUCUGGAUGUCAGAAUCAAUCAACAACCAACAAACCUUGCUCGCCUCAAACUCCAAUCACCAUUGACUUCAGAGAAACCAUACCGGAUGGAGAUUUCUAUGGGGCAGCGUUCUUAAAGGACCCUUCAAAGAGCGAAAAGGGCGGUUUGUCCAUCGGAAUACCCGGCGAACUGGCUGGCUUCGAAGCCGCUUAUCGACAGUUUGGCGGCGGGGUCAGUUGGCAGAGGAUCUUCCAGCCUUCGAUCGAUCUCGCCAAAAACUUCCUCGUCGGUCCCGCCUUGGCUGAUAAACUUAUCAAUUCACACUGGAUGCGAAAAAAGCCAGAAUGGCAAUCAGUCUUCCAACCCAACCAUCGACCAGCCAAAGUGGGAGAUUGGAUUCAGCGGCCGAGCUACGCACGUACACUUGAAAUCAUAGCCGAACAAGGUAUUCAUCCGUUUUAUCAUGGGACGAUCGCACAGCAGUUGGUCGAGACUAUCAAUCGUCACGGCGGUAAGGUCACCUUGGCGGACUUUGAAAACUAUCAACCGAUCAUCGACCAAGCCAUCAACACAACCUACCAUGGCUACAAUAUCUGGACCACCGGACCACCCUCCUCAGGUGCGAUACUAUUGCACGCCAUGAACAUCCUCCAACGCUACUCCUUACACGACCAUUCUCGAACCCCCCUGGCCGAACAUAGGUUCAUUGAAUCGCUCAAGUACGCAUUCUCAGCUCGUACCGAAUUAGGCGACCCCAAGUUCAUGAACUCGAGUGAAUUGGCGCGGCUCGACCUGAUCCAGUCCAAAUCCUAUGGCUUGAAAACCUCGCUGAAGAUCAAUGACACCCGGACUUACGACUAUUCGCAUUACAAACCAAAGUAUGACAUUGUUGAGGAUCAUGGGACGACCCAUUUGAGUGUCGUCGACCGCUUUGGCUCCGCCGUCUCACUCACCUCGACCGUCAACCUGAACUUCGGCUCGAACGUGAUGGAUCCGAUCAAUGGUGUAGUUCUCAACGAUGAGAACGACGACUUUAGUAUCAAGGGCCGGUCAAAUGCCUUUGAUCUAUAUUCCUCCCCCUUGAACUAUCCGAUCACCGGUAAACGGCCGGUUAGCUCGAUGGCUCCCGUCAUCGUCGAUUAUCUGCACCCACAAUCCGACUCACUCGAGCCAGAAUUCUUCUGCGCUCUUGGUGCUAGUGGCGGCAGUCGUAUCUUUAGUGCAGUCAUUGGCACUUUCUUGAAAUUGCUCUGGGGCUAUGACAUAUCUCACGCAAUUGAAGAUGCGCGACUGCAUCACCAGCUGCUCCCGAAUGAGGUUUACGUUGAAACCAGUUAUCGAUCCGAUUUCUUGGAUUCUUUGAAGUCCAAAGGUCACAACAUCACGAUGAUUGACAUCUUCUACGGCAGAGCAGCUGUCCAAGGAAUUCACAAGCCGUUAUCCCAAGCUACUAUGUUCGGCUCUGGCGAUAGUCGAAAGCACGGCGUACCAGAUGCGUAUUGA